GAUUGGGGUGAGUUGAAGCCUGUGUCCAUGAAGGCUGAAGAGCCAGAGCGUGAGGGAGGAGGAGGCGAUGGGGGCGGAGGAGGAGGAGGGCGAGAUGAUGAUAUUACAUCCGAGCCGUCGUCAACGCUUGCCUGGUCAUUGGAUGGUGAUUUUGAUAGCCGGGCGAGAGUGCUGGAUGGUGGAGGGAGAGCAAGCGUCCCCUUACGUCUUCUAGGAGGGGGGGCAUCAUCCGGGUCCGCUAUUCGACGGGAAGUCGACACGUGUCUUCCGGCGCUGAGAUCUGUUCUCCGCAGGAAGGUCCCCGUUUUGUCGAUCCCAAGCCCGUCGGGAUCGAGUGGAGAGGAGGUACGUGCGGUGAGUCGGGAUGCCGACCUUCAACAACUUGUACAACCAGUCUCAGCUCCUUCGGCACCAGGCCUGGCGACAGCCGGCGUAGUAGCUUCGACGGCCGGGCGGAUUGGUUCGGGCCAGGCCCGGCUUCACGGGGUGGGGGGGCUACCGGUAGUGAGCCCUAAUUUGCAACUGAAUUUGUGGGGGUCAGAGGGCCCAAUUGCUCGGCGACCGUCAUGCUGCUCCGGCGUUCCUGGCGCUGUUCCAGGGGUCCUUCCUGGGUCCAUCACGAGCCAUCCAGGCCGACCCUACCCCGAACCAGGAUUCCCAAUUCCGAACCAGGAACAGAUUUCUAGACCAACAGGUGCAAACCCCCCGGCGCAGGACUCAGCGCGAGCUGCCGCUACUGUCCACUUGAAGGAGAAAGCUUUUACCGCGCCCAUCAAGAAGGGGGGCUAUCUGGCAGAAGCGUGGAUCGUACGGCCAGGACAGAGGCACGGAGGAGGAGGAGGAGGAGGAGGAGGAGGAGGAGGAGGAGGAGGAGGAGGAGAUCGAGGAGCCCGAGAAGUCGACCGUCAUCCUCAUCAUGGAACUCGACUCCAUUCCAUCCUUGUUGAUGGGGCUUUCAUGGUUAGUAUCAAUAAACUUCUCGGCUGAUUGGAUUCCGUUCCGUUAACCAGCUGCGAUCGAAUACCGUUCCGUUAACCAGCUGCGAUCGAAUUCCGUUCCGUUAAGCAGCUGCGACCGAA